AUGCUUCAUCCGAUUCUCGAUAUCUCCAACUUCAACGUUACUCUGACCUUCUCAGGAAUCUAUCUACUGGCCUUCGCCGUCAUUUCCCUCAAAUUGAAACAGAGAUGGUACCUCGGUGAAGCAUUACCGGCAUUCGUCACGGGAGUCAUUCUAGGACCAUCAGUGUCAAGCCUAGUGGAUGCGAAACGGUGGGCUAAUGGUACCAAUGAGGAUGGCCAGAUUGCCUAUGCCCUGACUCGACUGGUCAUUGGCAUCCAGAUGGUAAAAGUCGGAUAUGAGCUUCCGAAGCAAUACUUGAGGCAGCGAUUGGUCGAGCUCACCAUUUGCCUGCUUCCACUGAUGGGGCUGCAGUGGCUGGCAACGUCGGCAUGUAUCUUGUUGAUGAUUCCACAUUUAUCUUUUCUCACGUCUUUGAUCAUUGGAUCCUGUAUCAUCUGCAUCGAUCCGAUUCUCUCGCAGGCCAUCGCGAAGGGGCCUUUUGCGGACAAAUACGUUCGACGCCAUCUUCGCGAAUUCAUCUCCGCCGAGGCUGGGGGUAAUGACGGAUUUGGAUUUCCGUUUCUCCUCCUUUCGGUCUCAAUUCUCCGAUAUGCCGAUCCACCGAAGGGUGAUGCCAUCGGAAAGCGUGACUGGAUCGGGACGCCGGACACGGGUCGACUGGGAGGUGAUGCCAGUCGGGCAUUGGCACACUGGGCUGUCGAGGGGGUAUUAUACAUGAUCAUCAUGGGCUCGGGGUACGGAUUAUUGGUGGGAUUCCUGGCACGCAAAGGCUUGAACUUGGCUUCCGCAAGGCGAUGGAUUGAUAAAGAGAGUUUCUUCAUCUUCCCGGUCGCAAUCGGGCUCUUCGUUGUGGGUACCUGUGGAUGCUUCGGGUCCGACGAAACCCUUGCGUGCUUCAUUGCGGGCUGUGCGUUGAAUUGGGAUGGGCUAUACCUAAAAGAAGUAGAAGCACGACACGAUUCGUUCAACUCUGCGAUUGAGAUGAUUUUGAAUUUUGGCACAUUUGUUUUCAUCGGCACCAGCAUGCCAUGGAAUCAAAUGCACAUGCCACAGGUAACUGGAAUCACGAUUUGGCGUCUCAUCACACUCGGAAUUUUGUUGCUUCUGUUCCGACGGAUCCCCGCCAUCCUACUGGGUUAUCGCUUCAUGCCCAAAGUCUGCAACUCGUGGAGAGAGGCGCUUUUCAUGGGAUACUUUGCCCCAAUUGGUGUCGGAGCUAUCUCCUAUGUAGAGUAUGCUCGACGGUUAUUACCAGACCCCGGUAAUAGUGAUGGCGAAAUUAAUCAUUUGACAUCUGCCAUGAUUCCAGUUGUUUAUUGGCUAGUCUUUUUCUCAAUCCUCAUUCACGGAUUGUCCAUCCCCGUAUUAAACGGCAUCUAUAAGAUAAUGCAGGUUCCCGUUAUCAAGGAUCAUCCAGUCAAGGUUCUCCUACUCUCGGACAAUGAGCCAGUGCCCAACAAUAGCGUGGUGUGUCCUCAAAGGCACUCUGUAAUAUUGAACAACAGAUUUUCUCGAAUGGCGCUCGAUUGCGGCCACUCCGACCAACCAGAGGAGCCGGAUAACAUCAUGUUACACGACCGUUAUGCACGAUCGGACCGUUCGUCAAAAGUCACCUCGCAUGAGGUCGAACAGGCGUGGCAAAUGGUUUAG